AUGGACAUCCGCACCCCAAACCCUCAAACAGCGUCCACCGGCACGGCGGGGCCCCCCUCCCCAGCUGGCGAGGAGCCUCAUCCCCUCAAGGGAGACAGCAGAAGCUUGAGUGCACGGACGUCAUCGCAAAAGCAGCAGCAGCAGCAGCAGCACGCAUUCCGAAGCGCCUUCAUUUCGCAGGUUGGGGCCCCCCUUUGGCGUUCUCUUAGGGGCCCCCGGAGCCCCCGGGGCCCUCCUACCCCCGGCCGUGACCCACAUCUCAACUCUUACGACUCAGAUGAAGCCUCAGGCAGACACCACUCACUGCCCGUUGACUGCCCUAUACAGAGCCAACGCAGUUACAGCUGCGCAGACUCCAAUUCAGAGCGCUGCAGCGGCGCCGAGUCGCCUUCUCCUCUGCCUUCAGCAGCAGCAGCAGCAGCAGCAGCAGGAGCAGCAGCAGCACCUGCGGGGGCAGCAGUGAGGGCGCAGUCUGCGCCUGAAGUUUCUUCUGCCUCAGCUUCAUAUCGUUGCCGCCGCAGCAAAUUCUCUGCUAUUUCUCUCUCUAACAAAUUUCGUCAGUUCUCCUUUUCUGGUCUUCUUCGCGGCUCCCCCAGCAAUGGCAGUAGCAACAUAUCCACUGCUGCCUCGAAGGGGCCCCGCAGCUCCUCAGCUGAGCCUGCGGUGUAUGCACACCAGAACACACAGGGGGGCCAAACAAGCAAGACGCGCCACGCAAGCGCUCCACGGGGGCCCCUGGGGCCCCCAUCUGCUUCGGGGCAGCAGCUGCAGAAGAAGUCUUUAAGGGGGCGGCUCAUGCCCUUUAACGUUUUUCCUUCAUCUGCUGCUGCUGCUGCAGACGAGUCUGCUGCUGCUGAUCCACCUGCUGCUGCAGCUGCUGGUGAUCGCGCCGCUGCAGCUGUUCCCGAAGCAGCAGCAGCCGCAGCAGCCGCAACAGCUACAGCCGUAGCAGCUGCUGCUCCUGCUGCUCCCUGCGUUGCUGUGACAGGUAUUCCAUUUGCUGCAGCAGGAGAAGCUGCUGUUGAUGGCUCGCGUGCUGCUGCUGCAGCUGCUGCAUCUGCUGCUGCUGCUCCAGCCUUUGCUGCUUCAGCAGCUGUUAGCGAUGACGCGCAGGCUGUGGACUCUGCGGACUACCCGCGGGGGGUUGGCUAUGACUUUCAGCUGUCUCUGCCUGUGAUGUAUGAAGCAGCAGCAACAGCAGCAGCAGCAGCAGCAGCAGCAACACCGCAGCAGCUGCAUUCGUCUCUUCUGCUGCCUCGACGCGCCUCCUGUCCUGCGCUCGUCAGCAGCUCCGUUCCUCCAGCGAGCGGUGGUGUUACGGCUGAAGCUGCAAGCAGCAGCGAACAGGCUGCUGCUGCUGCUGCUGCUGCUGCUGCUGAUAGUGCAGCAGCAGCAGCAGCCUCUCGAUGCAGCAGUUUCUUUCCCUCUCGGGACAGCAGCAGCAGCAGCAACAUACCCACAGGCCUGCGUCCUCCCUGCGGCUCGCAGCAGCAGCUGCUGCUGUCUGCCCCCCCAUACAGCUUGAAGGCAGCACAGCGAAGCCCCUAUGAGGUUUCUUCUCGUCGCCGCUGGAGUUCUUCUUCUCCUGACCUCGGCUAUGGAUACAGAGCAGCCCGCAGCUAUGUGGGGGGCCCCCCCCUUGGGGGCCCCCAGGGGGCCCCCGAGACCCCUUUACUAGGUAGACGACCACCCCGCGUACAGCAGCAACAGGACCACCACCAGCAGCAGCAGCAGCAGCAGCAGCAGCAGCAGCAACAGCAACAGCAACAGCAACAGCAGGAGGAAGCCGCGAGAACCAAACAGACCUGGGUAUAG